AUGCUCAUGGACGGCCUCUCGUCGGUGCUGGCGCUGCACGCCCACGCCGCCCUGUACCUGAAGCUGGCCGCCUCCGCCCUCUUGAUAUCCGCCUUCGUCGUCCUCGUCUUUGCCCUCGGCACCCGCAGCCCCAAGGCCGCCGGCAAUGGCCCGCUGCUGCCCUAUCUCACCUUCUUCUACGCCAAUUUUCUCAAGCCCUUUGGUGCUUCCGAAGGCAGAGGCCAGAAACAUGCCCUCGAGGGCUUCUACAAGACCCAGGCCAAUAUCUAUGAUUCCACUCGCAGGCGCCUUCUUAGGGGCAGGGAAGAUAUGCUCAGCCUCCUGGCUGCACAGCUGAGCUUCCAAGCAGAACAGUCGAAAGACCAGAAGAAGGGAUUUGUUUGGGUGGAUAUUGGCGGGGGAACUGGUUACAACAUUGAGGCUAUGGCUGCUUUUGCUCCAGUAGAGACAUACUUUAGCCAUAUUUACCUAGUUGACCUCUCCCCCUCGCUCUGCGAGGUCGCCCGAAAGAGGUUUGCGCGACUUGGCUGGAAGAAUGUAUCUGUCGUUUGCCAGGACGCCCGAGAGUUCCGCCUGCCUGAUGUUGGGAAUUCCAUUUCUGACGCGGGGAAGGCCGACCUGAUCACAAUGAGCUACAGCUUGUCCAUGAUUCCUGACUAUUAUAGUGUAGUCGAUUCCCUAGCCUUGCUUCUAAAAUCCACCGGGAUCAUUGGCGCAUGUGAUUUUUAUGUGCAAAGCAUUGUGGACUUGACUUCCCGCAAUUAUACUGGCGGCGCCUUUAACCGCCAUGUCAAUUGGCUGGGAAGAGUGUUUUGGCGGGCCUGGUUUGAUGUGGACCGUGUAGGGCUCGAACCUGCUCGCCGAGAUUACCUUGAGUACCGGUUCGGAACAAUCAUCUCUUCCAGCGAGAGAAACUACCUUCUCGGCGGCAUUCCCUACUAUACUUUUGUCGGAUGCCAAAAGGAGACCCCAGGAAACUCCGAGGUUUUAGCUAAGUUGGAUGCCGCUUUCACUGAAUCGCCUUACUUGUCACCUGCAAACCACCGCAAAGAAUUGUCAGAAGCCGUUGUCCAAAGCAUUCCGGAAAUAAGAUCCAAGGCUUAUGAAGCUGCCGUUGUCAAUUUAAGCUCCAAUCUUCCACUGCCAUCAUCAUUCUACCAACAUCACCACUGGAGAAUAUGGUAUGAUGAACUUCAUCCAAAGCAUACCCAGUUCAACAACGAAUACAUCUAUGCAUUUACCUGGGAAGACCCUCGUGUCGAUCAUCGACUGUUAAAAAUUGGUAAUGACGAUGUAAUACUUGCAAUUACAAGCGCCGGGGACAAUAUUCUCGACUACUUACAGUACAACCCUCGGAAAGUUCACGCUGUUGACCUCAAUCCGAACCAGAAUCAUUUGCUUGAAUUAAAAGUAGCUAGUUUCAGUGCUUUGGGCUAUCUUGAUGUUUGGAAGAUUUUUGGUGAAGGCAAACACCCGCAAUUCAGGGAAAUUCUCCUCUCUAAGUUAAGCCCGCACCUUUCCAGCCAAGCCUUUCAGUUUUGGUUAGAUCACAGCGAUGUCUUUACCUACUCUAUAGGAAAAGGCCUCUAUGAGACGGGCGGAUCCCGCCAUGCUCUAAAGAUGGUUAGAUAUCUUUUCAAUAUCUUUGGGUUGAACACAGAUGUGAAACGUCUCUGUGAGGCGCAAAAUUUAGAAGAACAGCGCGAGCUCUGGCCAAGGAUUCGAAGAAUCUUACUCAGCAAACCCUUGCAUUGGGCUAUUGUCGGCACAGAGUGGUUCGCUUGGAAGGCUGCCGGCGUUCCACCGGCCCAGAGGAACAUGAUCAUUUCUGACUAUAUGACAAGAAAUGGCUUAUCUGGUGGCGUGAAAAAGGCAUCAGAUGUUAGUGGCGAAGCUAUUUGGGAAUAUAUCGUCCAUACUUUGGAUCCUGUCGUCAACGACACCCUAAUAAGCAACGAUAAUUAUUUCUAUUUCAUCUGCCUUCAAGGCAAAUAUUCAAGGCGGUGCCAUCCAAGUUAUCUAACUCCCAAAACUCAUGUAAAACUGUCAACUCCUGGAGCUUUCGACGGCCUCCGUAUUCACACAGAUGAAAUUAACGAAGUCAUUGCGAGAAUAACUCCUGGAACACUUACUAUCGCAGUAGUCAUGGACUCGAUGGAUUGGUUUGACCCAGAAGGACCCGCAGCAGCUACCCAAGCCAAAGCCUUCAACCACGUCCUCAAAAUGAACGGCCGUAUUCUGCUACGGUCCGCAUCUAUUAUGCCUUGGUACAUUAGCAUAUUUGAAGCUAAUGGCUUCACCGCACGGCGCGUUGGCGCUAGAUUUCCUGGAUCCUGCAUUGACCGCGUGAAUAUGUAUGCAUCCACCUGGAUCGUGACUAAAACCACAGAUUUGUUUUCAACUUCAACCGAAUCCGUCAAAUCAUUAAAGCUUGAAAAAACCAACAGUGCUUCAUCCAGCAGUGUGGACGAUCUCGAAAUUUAA